UCGCCGGGUGGGCGCCCCCGCUCGCGGGUUGGGGGGGUGCGUGGGGCCAUGCGCGAGGCCUGCGCUCCUGCUAGCCGCGACACGGCCGCGCGCCCCUGGGUUCCCGGGGCUCCUCCCGGGAGCAGAGCGGGCACGAGGCGGCCCGCGCGCGUGCUCGCAGAGGGGCGUGACCCUGCGGACGCCGCUUCGUGCGCCGCCGGGCGCCUUCGUGGGCGCGUUUCUUACGGAGAUUAGGAGCCGCGUCCCGGUGUCAGUCCUCGAAGCGUAGGACGUUCUCGGGGCACGCGGAGCUCCAGACAGCCUGAGAACCCCGCAGCCCGAGGACUUCAUGCUGGAUACCCUUGGACCGUGCAGGAUGCGGAGGGGCGGAGAGUGGAGCCGCCUGUGCCCCCCCAAGGGAUGUCGGGACCAAGGCCCGUGGUCCUGAGCGGGCCGUCCGGGGCCGGGAAGAGCACCCUGUUGAAGAGGCUCCUGCAGGAGCACGGCAGUGUCUUCGGCUUCAGCGUGUCCCACACGACAAGGAACCCGCGGCCGGGAGAGGAGAACGGCAAAGUCUUAGUAGGGCUUCUGAUCCUGCCUGAUGCACAGCACAGAAGUCUCUGCAGCCUCCCCGGUGGCAGCCGGUGGUCUCCAGUCCUGGUGUCCUGGCUGUGGGCAGCCUCGAGCAGCUCUUCCUCCUUUGCAGAUUACUACUUUGUGACAAGGGAGGUGAUGCAGCGGGACAUUGCCGCUGGUGAUUUUAUCGAGCACGCUGAGUUCUCAGGAAACCUAUACGGGACCAGCAAAGCGGCCGUACGGGCCGUACAGGCCAUGAACCGCAUCUGCAUCCUGGAUGUGGACCUGCAGGGCGUGCGCAACAUCAAGAAGACUGACCUGCGGCCCAUCUACAUCUUCGUGCAGCCGCCCUCACUGGAAGUCCUGGAGCAGCGGCUGCGGCAGCGGAACACCGAGACGGAGGAGAGCCUGGCCAAGCGGCUGGCCGCCGCGCGGGCUGACAUGGAGAGCAGCAAGGAGCCGGGCCUGUUUGACUUGGUCAUCAUCAACGACAGCCUGGACGAGGCCUACCGGACCCUAAGGGAGGCGCUCUCCGAGGAAAUCAAAAAGGCCCAGGGGACCGGCCGCUCCUGAAAAGGCUCACGGCCGUCUGCCCAGGCGGCCUGGGGCCUGGUGCCCACCCAGGCGGGUGCUGCGCUCGCCUCAGCUGGGGCCAGGGUGGGUGCUGCCCAGCACUCGCCCCUCACCAUGGUGGAGGACCCCUGCUUCCCCGCCCCUGCCCCCUGCCCAGCCCUCCUGUGGGACCUGGCCCCGUUCUAAUAAAGAGCUGCUAGUUA